AUGGCCCUUCCUGCAUCUACCGCAGCACCAACUAAUAGAGGUCAGGGUGUCGCUGGUGAUUCCGAAGACAUCUGGAAUUCGCCCUCAACUCAGCCUCCCGCUCAGGACAGUGCUGCUGCGACCUCCGACAAAACAGCAGCAGGGCGGAUACAAGAGGAACAAGACUUAACUCGAGCUAUUCAACUGUCUCUUCAAGACCAAGCCAAAGCAGGGAAGCGAACAGAUACCCUAAUGGGUUCGUCUCAGCGUCUGUCGUCAUCAGAUGAGCCAUCACUUGAGCUUGUCUUGAGUCUGAACAAUGAGUUCACCGCCCUUGCCGACACGGCUGGCGAUACAGCCAUCUAUUUUGGGGCUCCUCCACAAAUGCCGGAGCAGAACGGCAAGGACUAUCACUACAUCAAACAGCAUUUUGAUCGGGUCCAUGUUGUCGAAAGCACAAAUCUUAGGCUCAUGGGCGACGAGUCCAGGUUUACUGACCGAGAUCUCCUGAACCCAACAAAGUCAUUUCGCGCCGAGAGAAAGCUGAGGAAGCUCGGUGUGUUGAACAAAGCAGAAGCUGCACACGGAGGGAAGUUCAAGUACUACAUCGACCUCCGCCCACCCAAUGAAGAUGAGGAAGCCGUCAUUCUCAUCACCGAUCUGACCUGUACGCGUGGUGUGCUCACAUGGCAUCUGGCAAGGCACAAGUAUGAUCUGUCUCCUCUUGCCGUUCUAGGCCACGACGAAUUCGGAAUUCAGCCUCAUGCCGACCCGUUGGCAAAGCGAUUGGUUUCAUCAGAGAACACGGGAGACGCAGACCCAAGCCCUUCCAACACGGCAAAGCCAAAAUCGAGUCAGUCAUCGGAUAACAAGGCUGCGCCUCCAGGCACAACUGCACCAGAUUAUUCUCCACUUCGGCACUGGUCCGCCCUCGAACGAAUGCUCCAGGCCAUUCAAGGGAAUGAUCCGAAGCUAGAUUCUGCCCCUAAACUCUGGACUUUUUUUGCCAUUGCGCGAUACUUUGGUUGUGCUACUCACGAGCGCAUCUCAGGUUGGAUCAUGACCUGGAUUUAUGCGGGCAACAAUAGCAACUUCAUUCAAAACAACCCUGAGGUGGCAUAUCGUAUCGGCAUGGCCAUCAGAUCGACGGAUCUUAUUAAAGAUUCCUUCUCCAUCCUCGUCGGCGAGAGGGCCCUUAUCGAAGCCUGCGGUGAGCUCAACCCGGAGAUUCUAACUCUUCGUCGUCAAAGUGUCCAUGGCCGAAAGCUGGAACUUCUUGACGACGAUGAACGCAAUCGAAUUGACCACGCUGCUUCGUCUUUCGUCAAGCGUAUUCGCCAAAUGGUCUGCAGUAUGUGUAAAGACAUGGAUUUCCUGCACGAGAGCCCAACCUACGCAAUCCUCGACAACGCUGUUGGGCAAACCCCGAGAGGGGUGGAGGCGCUGAAAACGACCAAGGAAAUUAUCAAAGACUAUAUCAGGUCGAGAAUUUACCACGUUCUAUGCCAGAAUCAAGGAAACUUUAGAAAUUUGGAGUCGGAUCUAAAGUCAACUUUCCCUUUUCGAACAGCUUCUAGUGAGGACUACAGCGUUGUCUACGGGUCGCUCAGUCAGCGGACGAGGCAGUUCACUAAGACAUUCUGGAUAGCAUUGCAGCAUACGCAAUUCGAUGAGGGCAGCUACAACACGUCCAGCCAAGGCACAAUUGGCUUGAGCGAUGACACGCAAUACCUUCAGGUCCUUCAGGGGCUCUGCAAGGAUGACCCCUUCAAUGGGAUCACUCAAGUUCCGCGAGGGGCUUUCGUCAGAACGAUCAAAGUUCUCAAUCAAAUGUUUUGGAGCCGAGAGGUCGUUUAUGGAACACCCUCUGCAAAGCGUCGCAAGACUAACGAAUUAGACGACUCUACCCUUCCUUUUCGAGAUAGACAUAAUUCAAUAUCCUCCUCUAUUGCACGAAUUCCCACAUCUCCUUCAUGGAGAACCAUUCUACCCAAGAAAGCACACACGACAACUGCGCCUAGCACUGAGCCACCUGCUUUCGCACUGAGACCCAAGCCAACAAGUACAGGAAACGUCUUGCAACAGGUUAAUAACUACGUAGCCAACAGCGCCACUGAAAGUCAGCAAGGAGUUUCUACGCCUCCAAAUCUGACAGUACGAAACACUACACCGGUGAAUGAUACCGGCGAAUCUCGAUUCAUACAGGGAACCACAUUUGAAAACAAUGUCUCGGCCGAGUCGACAGCACCGCUGCCAAUCAACCCAAAUUGGGCGGCGCCAACAGUAGCAGCAGACGCUUGUGCCUUCGCUUCAAACAUGUUCUUCAAUCCAUAUACCGGUCGGUAUGAAGAAUUGAACCUCCCCAAGGAGGAGCGAACGCACCACGUUAACCCCCCCCCUCCCACUCCUCGAAUUAGCAAUCGCGUCAAACAAGCCUUCUCUAACAGCAACACAGACGCUGAAGGAACUAUACCUCCCAGCUAUCACUCGCCUAUCAGUCCAGAAGAACUGCUUAAUGAGCUUACCACGGCCAUCGAAUCAAUCUGUUCAAAAAUUGUCUACCCACCCCAUCUCUUCCACGAGACUGGCCUAUUGCCCACGGACCUUUUUGACAGUCUUCUUUGCCUCAAUGCCAACGAAUUCCGCUACCUACCACUCUGGGUACCUGAUGGGAACGACGACGGCACAGGGGGAGUGUUUGAGGAGGAACCCGUCCCGAAUCUCGAUCCAGUACAGACAAAUAUCGAGAGCUUCGGGCCGGGACGGAUCAAGCGCGGGUUCGAUCAAGCAGACACCGAGGCAAACAGCGAAUUUGACGAAAUCACGAGCUCCCAGGCCGUCAGUACCUUGGGGAAGGCCAGUAAGUUCGCCACGGAUGGGACCCGGACAGUCAAGAGUAUGUCAAGUAUCAGCACCAUCGACGUCAAUAGAGAGACUACUGUGUUUACGGGUCCCAAUGAUUUCGAAGGUGUGGCCCACAGUGUCGUCCCCGUGGGCAAAGAUGUAAUGGGAACGGAUGAUGAGGCUGAUGCGGAUAUGCUGAGCGCCGACGAUGUUGAUGAAGGUGUGUUCGACGAUGGAGACUCAGACACUGACAUGGUCAACUGGGACAGUGAGCACGCAACAGAAUCACACGCGAGUUCCAACGCCAUUGGAAAUUCCAACCAGGAAAGUACGGGACGCGGCUAUGAUCAAGGUCAGGGCCAAGGGGCUGGUCAACUUCGUCAUGCACAGCACAACCUCAAGGACGAGUCUCAAAACAACAACAACAUCAUCAACACCAUGCCCGAAUUCGAAACAAUCGUAAAGGAGGUGAAUGAUGACAAGGACAGGCGCAGGGACAACGAGGAGAACAAGGACAACGGGAAAGGCAAGGCCAGGACCCAGAACUUCCCCCACGGCUUCAUUCUCCCUGAUCUCCCGUCCCAUUCCCACGAACCAGCAAACCGGCUGGAGCCGGAGCCGGAACCGUUCGCCCAUGGCCAAUACUAUCCCCGUCCCCAUCCUCGUAAUCGUUCUCAGCUUCAACCUCAUCCACAUCCACAACACGACCAGGCCUCGAGUUCCAGCUCGGUCGUCUUGAUCGAGAUGGGAGACAAUGGUAACGGCAACGAAACCGACAACGACGCCGAGGAGGAGGACGACGACGACGACGACGGUUUCGAAUUCAUCUGA